UGGAGAUCGAACAUGACCGACCGAAGCCUGUUUUGUUUUGGCCAUAGAGAUAUGAUAGCUCUAUGGUUUUGGCAUACAGUACUUUAUAUACCUCUAUGGCCUAGGCGCAUGGUGCAUGGUCAAUUUUUCGCCGAAGCUACCAUCUGAAUUAUUCAAGGAACUCAAAAAUGAAACAUGGAUUCUUGGUUUGUCGUUGUCGGGUUCUUGGUCCAUGUUGUCUUUUUCAUGUCAAUCUUUGACAUUUACUUCACAUCACCGUUGGUACAUGGUAUGACGCCAAUAUCCACCGAGAUACCACCACCAGCUGACCGGUUGGUGCUAAUUGUUGCAGAUGGUCUAAGGGCAGAUAAACUGUUUCAACUGGAUAGUGAUGGACAAACAAGGGCCCCUUUUAUAAGGAAGAAGAUUACCUUGGAAGGCAGCUGGGGGGUGUCUCACACUAGAGUUCCCACGGAAUCCCGUCCCGGCCACGUCGCCCUCAUCGCUGGUUUUUACGAAGAUGUGAGUGCUGUUGCGAAAGGCUGGAAAGAAAAUCCUGUUGAUUUUGACUCGGUCUUCAAUCAGAGUUCCUACACAUGGUCUUGGGGCAGUCCAGACAUUCUACCAAUGUUUGCUAAAGGAGCAACUGGAGAACAUGUCACAACUAAUAUGUAUCCUGCUGAAAGUGAGGAUUUUGCCGGUUCUGAUGCUUCACGGCUGGACACAUGGGUCUUUGAUCAAGUUAAGGAAUUUCUAGACUCCUCAAAGGCGGACGUGAAUAUACACCAGAAGUUGUCUUCCACGGAGGUUGUUUUGUUUCUUCACUUGCUUGGCCUCGACACUAAUGGGCAUGGUAACAAACCAUACUCUAAGGAAUACCUGGAAAAUAUACAGGUGGUCGACACAGGUGUCGAACACCUGGAAAAACAGGUUGAAGAAUACUUUGGCCAUGAUGGAAGGACAGCAUAUAUAUUGACCGCUGAUCAUGGAAUGACCAAUUGGGGGUCACAUGGUGCUGGUCAUCCAGAUGAAACUUUGACCCCAUUGGUUGCCUGGGGUGCAGGUAUCAACAAAGCCAGAUCAGGGCAUGAAAAUAUCUUCAAAGACAGAUUUAACGAAGAUUGGAGAAUUCAGUCAAAAAGGAGUGAUGUUAACCAAGCAGAUAUAGCACCGCUUAUGACAUCUCUAAUUGGGGUGGCGUAUCCCAUGAACUCUGUUGGCAUCCUACCCACCACUUACCUCAACAUGAGUGACAAAUUCAAAGCCAAAAGCCUGCUGACAAAUGCUAAACAAAUUUUAGCUCAAUACCAGGUUAAAGAAAAGUCUAUGCGUGAUACAACUCUACCACUGUUCUUCAAACCAUUCCACACUCUUUCUGAGGAAAGCCAGAAGUCAAAAGUUGAGCAAAUUGAGAUGUAUAUUUCUCAAAAACAGUACGAUCUCUCUAUGCAGAAAUCCUUGAAGUUAAUUCAUGAAAGUCUUGAUGGGUUAAGUUACUACCAGACUUACAACAGGUUUUUUCUUGAGGCUAGCAUAACGCUGGGCUAUAUAGGGUGGAUGCUGUACAUCUUCCAAGUUCUCGUACAGAACCACACCAACAUAGCGGUUGACCUGCGAUCUCGCUCAACACAGAAGCUUCCCUCACAGUCCCUAGAAUUACUGUUUAUCGGGCUUGGUGUCAUCAUAGCUGUACUUCUUUACUGUCAGCAUUCCCCAGCAGUCUAUUAUAUCUAUGUUUUUUUACCGCUACCCUUGUGGUAUAGAGUGACUAAAAGAUUUUAUGUAUUUCAGGAAUUAUUACAUUAUGUUAAAUUAAAUAAUAUGCAGAUGGAAGUUUUAUGUUAUGUCGUAAUUGGGGUUGUUGCUAUGGAGGUGCUAGUAUUAAGUCUAUUCUACAGAGAAGUCAUCUCCCUCGGCUUGCUAGGCCUAGCAUUGUGGUCACUUUCUGCCUGGAACAUUCUAGAGAGUAAGGUGCUGCUUAUGUGGGUUACAUCAUGUCUAAUUUUAGCUAUAUUUCCCAUGAUGCCAGUUGUUGGCAGGGAGCCAAAUAUUCAGCUUGUAACUUUAGCCAGCAUACUUUGUGUACUUAUAUACAUCAUUAGUAGUGUAAUUAUAUCCAGACACUCUGUUGUGUCCUCGAACAAUUCCAAAAUGAAAACGGUGCAAUUUUUCAUACUUUGUCUCGCAAUCUACAUUGUCCACGAUACCAAUGCAAGCAUAGAAGCCAAAGACGGACUUCCAGUCGUAAACCAGAUUCUAAGUUGGGUGAUAUUAUUGCUGUCUUUUCUGCUGCCUCUCCUCACCUCUGACCUUAUAGUUGAAAGGUUAUUCAGCAUAGCAUCCGCAUUUGUUUCUGUUUAUCUACUGAUGACGACGGCGCAUGAGGGUUUAUUUUGCCUUGUUUUGUGCUUUGUCCUCUUUUCUUGGCUUCUUAUUGAACUCCAGUUGUGUGGAUCUGCGACCAAGCUUUCCCACCUGAAGUUUGAAAGAAGACAAAUCCUUGAUGAUGGUCCAUCAAGACAUCUAGCCCUCAGUGAUAUAAGAGUGGGAUACUUCUUCAUUUUCUUCCUGCUCACUGCAUAUUUUGGCACCGGCAACAUAGCCAGCAUCAACAGUUUUGAUCCAACAUCUGUCUACUGUUUUCUUACAAUCUUCAACCCGUUUGUGAUGGGUAUCUUGCUUCUAUGGAAGAUUGCUCUGUUGUUUGUGCUGGUGACUUGUACGUUCCAAGCCAUCCAUCUAGUCCUGUCGGUUCCCAUGUCCAGUCUGUUUCUUCUGGUUCUACUUAUGUCGGACUCCAUGGCCCUGCACUUCUUUUAUCUCGUACAAGAUACAGGUAGCUGGCUAGAGAUUGGCACCAGCAUUAGCCAUUACGUCAUUGUUAUGACCAUGAUACUCUUUGUGUUACUGCUCAUGCUUGUAUCACGAAUAUUUACAGCGCCACCUAUCGAUCUGACCAGACUCCGCCGAAAAUACAAAUUCCAUGGACAGUAGCAAGAAGAAUUAAACGCAUUUAUAGGCUAUACAUUGAUUUGUUUUACAGUUUAUUCUUCAUGAAUGAUUUUAUUCGAUUUAAUCGGGACUAUAGUUUAUGUUUAUAAGAGAUUAUUAAUUCUCAUUUUUUUCGUGCUUUGUAAAUCUAUAGAAUGACAUUAUUGAAUUGCAAGGACUAAUUGUAGGGUUGCUUACAUUCAUAAGUCAAUAUUGUGGCCAAAAAAGUCACCUUUAAUGCGUAAUUAAAUUGUGUAUACUGUUGUAAUAGAAUCACCUUUAAUGUACCAAUAACAGUAAACCACGAAAGGUAGGAACAUAGAAUGAUCUUUGUAUGCUUGGCACUUAGUGUUUGGCUAGUUUAUAUUUAUUAGCAAUGACCACCUUUCUUAGUUUGUGUAGAGUCUUUGUCUUAUUUGAAAUGUGUUUCUCGGAAAGGGAAAUACACAGGCUUUCUAUACCCAUAGGUCAUAAGUAUUUUUAAUGUACAUUGAGAGUAUAAAUAAUGUUGUUGAAUUUAUCCUUUUAACAUUUUUAAUGUAUAUAGCCUUUAUUUAUUGUCUUUGUACUUUUCUCUCGAUUUUUGUCAUUUGAUUGUAUUUUAUUGUAUGCGUGCUGGGCCUCUGGAGGAUAACAAUGCUUUAGCACUGAUCAGGUCACCCAGGGUAAAAAUAGGUAUACUGUAUUUCAAAGCUUUUCUGUCUGGUACAAAGUUAAUUUUGGUGUAGAAUUAUAAAAAUAUAAUACGGGUGAUAAAUUUUACUUUUAUUUCUUUUUACAUAAUCUAUGCAAGCUAUUAUCUGUUUAGAAUUUUUUAUUGUAAAAUUAUGUUAACAAUGUUGACAUUACCAAAACGAUUUAGAAUACUGCAUAUUAUAAGACUGAGCUGCUGUUGAGUUUUUACCUGGUUUGUAAUGGUUUAUACGGUUAAUUUGUAUCACUUUGUAGUACAAUGUAAACAAUUUUUUAUGAUUUCCUGCAAAGUUAACCUGACAAUAAAUUCGAAUCAGAAUCUAGUA